CGUGGUAUGUGCCAUGUCUAGCUUCACUUGAGACCCUCCAAGAAUUAUGUAGGAAGGAAAAUCUCAGAUGUAAAUCCAUUGGAAUCACCAACGGGAGUCUAAAGAGUUAUGAGGUGGAAUAUUUGUGUGACUGCAAGGUAGAAGAGGGCACACAAUACUAUCUUGUGAAAUGGAAAGGAUGGCCAGAAUCUUCAAAUACUUGGGAACCUCAGGAAAAUCUGCAAUGCCCAUUGCUUCUUCAAAACUUUUUUAAUGACAAGAAUGAAUAUUUGUCUCGGGUGAGAGAAGACAAAGCACUGAAAGUGAGAAACCAUUAUAAAGCUCUCAACCCAGCAGUUGCAGAUUACGUUGUAAAGAAGGCUAAGCAAAGAAUAGCUCUGCAGAGAUGGAAAGAAGAACUCAACAGAAAAAAGAAUCAUAAAGCAAUGAUUCUGGUAGAAAACACUGUGGAUCUUGAAGGCCCUCCUUUAGACUUCUACUACAUUAAUGAGUAUAAACCUGCUCCGGGAAUAAAUGUACUAAAUGGAAUAACAACUGGCUGUGAAUGCACUGACUGCCCCGCUGAGAAGUGCUGUCCAAAGGAAGCUGGAUUUAUUUUAGCUUACAAUAAACAAAAGAAGUUGAAAAUCCAGCCUGGUUUGCCCAUCUAUGAAUGCAAUUCAUUCUGUAGGUGUGGGCCUGACUGCCCUAAUAGGAUAGUACAGAAAGGUACACCAUAUUCUCUUUGCAUCUUCAGAACUAACAAUGGCCGUGGUUGGGGAGUGAAAACCCUCCAGAAAAUUAAAAUGAACAGUUUUGUGAUGGAGUACGUUGGAGAGGUGAUUACAAGUGAGGAAGCAGAGAGACGAGGCCAGCUCUAUGACAACCAGGGCAAUACAUACUUGUUUGAUUUGGACUAUGACUCAGAUGAAUUUACAGUAGAUGCAGCUCGAUAUGGAAAUGUGUCCCACUUUGUGAAUCACAGCUGUGAUCCAAAUCUUCAAGUCUUCAACGUGUUUAUAGAUAACCUUGACCUGCGUCUUCCCCGAAUAGCACUGUUUUCUACACGAACCAUCAAGGCUGGAGAAGAGCUAACUUUUGACUAUCAGAUGAAAGGUUCAAUAGAUCUGUCUUCAGACUCUGCUGAUGGUCUUAGCCCAUCCAGAAAGAGGAUCAGAACUGUCUGUAAAUGCGGAUCUGUAUGUUGCAGAGGUUAUCUCAACUGAGUUCGGGUAUCCAAAGUCACAAAUACUUUGUUCUCUUUUAAAUGCGUUUUAAGAAGACUCUUCUUUCACACAUAUAUUCAAGUAUUCUUACAUCUAAUGUAAAUAA